GUUCUGCCGCGGUCUGUGUAAAAGACCUUCUACACUCGCCGUGAGCCUGGGCUACCUGUGGUAUUACCAGCUUCCUGUGGCGUAAAUUCUUAGAAUCAAUCGAUUCAUUGUUCUGUUUGCCGUAAAUGUUGAAACGCAUCGAAUAAUAUGAUGGACCCAUCAGAAGAGCGUGAACUAAACAAGCAGUUGCUAAGAUACCUGAAUGACAAGGUUGCUGUAAGUGCAAGUGAUAGAUCUGAAGCCAGACGCAUCUUGAAUGAAUACAUCACAAAUGGCCAUGUCUGGAGGUUUAUUAUGGAAAACUGCAAAAUUCCUCUUCGUGGAGAUCUUUUGUACACGGGAAGUAUGUACGAUGGACUGAAAACCCAGGCCGCAGAUGAAGUUGAUGUCAUAAUUCCUUUAAAAAUACGAGGAGGGGUUAAGGUGGAGAAAAGGGCCCAGAAUCGUCAAAUCCCACAUGGCUUUGCACGCUUGAAGAUGCUCAGACCUGGGGAGUAUGGCUAUGACAGGUUUGUUGAUUAUGACGACUACCUUAAAGUGGACAGAGUAUAUCAACAUCUGGAGUCCCUCGUCGACAGAGCAAUCAAUCAGUUCGAGAUCAAUGAGGGAAUAUCACUGCGGUCAGUGAAACACGGACCAGCUGUGCAGCUUGAUGUCUACAGAUAUGGCAAGAAGCUGAUGUCCAUUGACUUGGUCAUGGCGUUUGAGGUGUCUGGAGAAUUCUAUGUGACCAAGAAGUACAGUGAACCAGCUCACUCGAUAUUUUCUCGUGAUUUCGAUAUUUCCACCCUCUUUCGGCAGUCUUUUUCUUUGGAAGAGAAAGAGAAAUUCAAUUGCCUAGAUGGUCAAGGGAAUGGCUGUAAAAAAGAGGUGCUAAAGAUCGUGAAAACAAUUGUUUCUACAGACAACUCACAGCUGAGAGGAAACCUGACCAGCUAUCAUCUCAAGAACGCCUUUCUGAGACAUCUUGAUGGAUCUAGACAUCUUUCUGUGGAUUGGAGUAAUAACAUGAUUGGUCAACGAUUUCUUGGCUUCUUGACGUUUCUAGUGGUCGAGCUCGACAGAAACAUUCCAAGCUUCUUUAUACCAGAGAUGACAUUGCUAGAUGUAAUGGAAAAUACAAAAUUGGAAAUGAAAUACAGGUUGCAGAGGAUAAUCAACAGUUCUCAGCUGAGGCGUGAUAUAUUGAAAUGAGAAUCGAUGCAAGAGGUUAACCCAGAGGAGCCGGAUCACACCCAUGAUUCCCAGGGACUGUUGACUCCAGUUGCAAUAAUUGGGGGUGCCGUGAUUGCAGGGGCUGCUGUUGCUGGUACUGCUUUUGUAGCAAAUAGAUAUUUGAGAGAACAAGACGAGAAAACAAGCUCAAAAGCAACGACUACGUCCCCGUCGUCUUCACAACAACAAACGCAGCCGAAGGAUGAAUGCGUGGUGAUGUAACACUACACCUUACUUUUGACUCAACGGUAGCCGUAAUAUCUGCUCUCACUUGAUAUCGAGGGUCCACAACAAACUUGUUAUUUCAUUUUUUUAGAGGAAUCCUAUCUAUAUCCCAAAUAUUGUUUUCUCUUUGUCGAUCGUCACACACACACACACACACGCACACACGCACACGCGUGCGCCGAACCGUGUUUAGGAGGACCGGUAUUUGGAUAAACACCAACGUUCAGAGGACCACCGUAUUUACGAGGACCGACCUCCGGUCCUCGUAACGCUUUUUGUCUAGAACACCGUAAAACGUCGUGCAAUGAUAUCCUAGAGGCUUUUUAAAGUGGUCCUCGUAAACCACCCUGGGCAUGAUUUGUAAGUGUGCAUGAUUUUGGUCCUUCUAAACCACCUUCCGUUAGCUUUUCACUUUUUAUUGCUUUUUCCAGCCAUACUCUAGGAAUCUUAGGUUUUGAGGCUAUCUCACAUAUUAUCAAGGAAUAACAAUUACAAAAAAGUUGUUUUUUCUAGUUUACACUCUUCUUUUUUUUUUUAGCCCCACACACACUUUUUUCAGUGGUCUUCCUAAUGUCGGUGAAAAAACAUGUCGUAGCAACGUCGGUGAAAAAACUUGUUAUAUUUUAAUCAAAUGCAAGUAGGGAAUUAAAUGACACUAUAUAGUUGUUUUGUUCGUUUAUUAGAAUUGCAACAAAUAAAUCAAUUCUAUCACA